AUGAGUUCUGAAGGCUCAAUACCAGGUUCAAACUCACUAUUAUCUCUGGUCAAAAAUACAUUCUCACGUACUUUAAGAUCAUCAAAUUGCGUGCCGCAACAUGUGGGGUUUGUGAUGGAUGGAAAUAGAAGAUACUCUAUAAAGAAAGAAAUAGAAAUCAAAGAAGGGCAUGAAGCUGGAUUUGUAUCAAUGAGCAGGAUAUUAGAGUUGUGCUAUGAAUCAGGUGUGACGACAGCUACCGUAUUUGCCUUCUCCAUUGAAAAUUUUAAAAGAAGUCCUUAUGAAGUGCAGUCAUUGAUGGACUUAGCUAAGAAAAGAAUUAGGCAACUUACUACAAAUGGAAAUUUGGCACAAAAAUAUGGUAUCAGAAUUCGAGUCAUCGGUGACUUAUCAUUAUUAGACGAAGAUCUCUUAAAAGAAAUCAAAGAUGCCGUAGAGCUCACAAAAGAUAACAAAAGAUCUGUACUGAAUAUAUGCUUCCCAUACACAGGCAGGGAGGAAAUUCUUCACUCAAUGAAAGAAGUUAUCACCGAACGAAAGGUGAAGGGAAAUACUAAAAUAGGUGAAUACUUGAUUGAUAGACAUUUGUAUACAGGUGGAUUACCACCAUUAGAUUUAUUAAUAAGAACUAGUGGGGUUUCAAGAUUAAGUGACUUUAUGCUUUGGCAGGUAAGCAACAAAGGUGUGACAGUCGAGCUCUUAAAUUGUUUAUGGCCUGAGUUCGGCCCUUCGAAAAUGGCAUGGAUAUUACUAAAAUUUGCAUUCAAAAAAUCGUUAUCUGAUAGAUCUUACACAUUAGAGAAAGAGGACGAGUCCACUUCUGACACGAGUUUAUUUCAGACUCAAACAAUGAGUAUAAAAGCAGAGUAA